GGGCAAGAGCAUUCAUGAUCCACAACACCCAGCACAACCUGUGUCUGGAAGAUUCAGCAGAUACAGGUGAAGUCCAAUUGAAGACAUGCAACUUAGACUCUGAAUAUCAGCAGUGGAUCUGGAUCAGUCAGGACAUGCUGAUGUGUGUCGCAUCAUCUAGGUGUCUGUCAGCCCAGCACGAAGGGCCAGUGCACACCCAGGAUUGCCAUGAACCCGAGGUGGAUGCUGCUUGGUUAAUAUGGGACUGUGACCGGGACCAACUGAUCAGUAGAAAGCUAUCAAUGCUUCUGUCACACAAUGGCCAGCAUGCGAUCCUCGUACAACACAGCAAACACCCAAAGUGGAGAUCUCUGGAUCAGGGGGACAUCUGCCAGGAAAGAUUCAGACAUCGGAGAGCUUCUGACGAUUUGACGUACGAGGAUGAAGCGCAAACAGGAGAGCUGACAGCUAUGACAAAGGAACAAAGAGAGUAUCUACGUUGGUUCUACCGCACAGAGGACCCAACCACAUGGACAUUUGUACUGCUCGGACUGGCCUUUGUCUGCCUUCUUGUUGGUUUUCUUCUCCUGGGAAUGGGAGCCAUGGCAAAUAAGAGCAGGAAGAAGAUAGCAGAGUACAAGGCUGCAACAUCUCUGCUUCAGAAAAAUGAAGAUCAGGAGCUGCUCAAAGAAAACAGCACACACCCAGCAUCAGACAUGCCACUGCAGGGAAACAAGCCUCACAUGUCCAACAGUGACACAAACGAGCAGAGCAAUGCAGGAAACAUUGUGGUCACAUGGAAAGAUGGCAACACCUCCUGCCUGUACCCAGAUCCUGCGGUGGAAGAGAAACAGGAGGAAGAGAGGAAAGAGAAAAUAACAGCUGCUGAGCUCGACUCUCCAGAUGAAGUGAAGAUUAUGAGCUGAAGAGGUCACAGUGAAUACCAGCGGCAGUGUUUGCUUUAAUAAUUGAUCAUAAUUUUCUGAUUAUUCUUAUUUUCAUGACUUCAGAGUGAAAUUUUAUGAAACCCUCAAAUGAUCAGAAAACAUUUCUCUUUUUUAUUCAUUCCUAAUAAAGCUCAUAACAGUGGUGGUUGCGCUCAUAAAAUGUGUCCACGUGGGAACAAAAGUUGUAUAAAAAUGGUUCCCUGUAAAGGUAUUCUAUAAAAACAGUUUCUGGAUGCAAGUUCAGAUCUGCUUAUGUGUGCUUCCCCCAAUGGGCUUCGCCAUUGUUAGUUUUGGGGUGGCUAAAGGAGGCAGCUCUGCCCCUGCUGAUGGUUCAGUUUCUAGGGCUCCUCUUGUGGUGUUGAUGAUGAUUUCUGGUUUGAUGGGCUGCAAAGUUGCUUUCAAUAAGGUUCUGUCCACAGGGAGUCUGACAAAUAGACACCAAAUGUUCUAGUCUUCCUCCAUCCUGUGUUGUGAACUGAAAUGGGAAAAACUUAAUGAGAUUUGAGUACUUUUGUGUGUUGUGCUGAUGCCUCAGAUAUUAUUGCAUCACAAUAAAUCACUUGCUUUGAUCUUGAA